AUGGUCAGCGAUAUGACCCGGAUGUUCCAGUCCCUGCGUGUGCCGUCGUACACAUCCAUGUCGGGCCGCCCCGCACAAACAACAGGACCUCUGCAACUGCGCCAGGCACCCCCGGCUGCACCAGCCCCACUCCGCAGCCAACCGUUUCAAACCCGUUCACCACGCCCACCCCAGAUGGGGGGUGACUACGUACCAACAUCAGAGGAGCUGGCCCAGCUCCGGAUGAUCCUAGAGCAGGUCAUCCGGGUGGCACAACCGGAUACGCCAGAGGGUCGCGCGACAUAUGCAGGCCAGGUGGCAAAGUGGCAGAACAACAACAAUGCAACACAAGCUGCUGGGAUGCUUCGCAUUGAGAGCACAGGCUUUCCUCUCAAGCCAGGAACCGUGAUUCCGGGAUCGGGAGAGUGCUGGCGAUGUGGCAUGCCGGGCCACCGUGGGAGAGAGUGUGUGAGCCCAGUUCCAGACGAAGAACGCCGCUUUCGAACGGUCUGCGAUCGAUGGCUUUGCCCUCGAAGAGCCCCUGCGCCAGCCAUGCCGCCAAUCACCCCAGUCAACAAUGUCGGGACAUGGUUCAACGUAGCGCCAGUGCCAGGUGCCCCGGGCCUGGAGGCCAGCGACUGGUACGAAAUUGGGCAGCCCACCGAGGAGCAGGAGCAGGAUUUUCGGGCGGGGCAGACGUAG